ACCGAUUCCUGCACUGGCAUGUAUGCCAUUACUAGGGUACCGAACAAUGAUGAACGUUAAGCCUUCUAUGAAACUUGUUCAGCGCUUCAGCCUCAGUCACUGAGACAACUUGGCAUACUACCGACUCGGAUGGCUAAUAUCUUGAUUCGUUACGACUUAGAACAGUUCAAAUGGAAGCCCUUUAAAGGUGAAGGCGUCCGGAAUGGAUUACUCCUUGUCCACGAGAUUUGCAACCGCUAUCUCAAGGGCGAUCAAACGUUAUUCUUUGGAGUCACUAUCGACUUGCAUGACACUAUGAGCAUCACCAAGCUCAGCUCUUCCGCUCAAGAAUGUUGGUCCUGGCUUCGCUUCCAAGUUCCUACCAUCGCGUCAUCCAUACUAAAUGAAUCCGAUUACAAGCUGCCCAUGUUGAUCUAUACAACGGCGAGUCCGCAAGAGAUCAGCCGGUGGGUGCAGCGCACUCUCAUUAUUCAUCCACCCUCACAUAUCGACCUCAACCAAUUGCGGAUCAACGAGGUCCCAAAUUUUUCUGCUAUUCCAUACUCAUCACUCGACUGUGUUGAUGGUGCAGGUUUAAAGAUCGUUGUGAAUCGCUACCUCGCACAAUUGGCGAAGGUGCUCUCCGACUCCUAUAGCGCGUCCGAUGUCCUCUCUGCCUGGGGCGCGUCGACGAAGGUGCUAUUCAUUUUCUCUUCAGAUCUUUUUUCGCUGCUAAUCAUUGACCACAAGGAUAAAUACGGAUUAGCGCUCCGCCCCAAAGAUACAAAGUGGCCGAAGACGUGUCGCGCCGAGGUCCUCUUCACGAGGGAAGAAUCAGAAAGAAUUCUGGCUGCCUCGAAAAUAUCUGGGUUCACACUUACACACCUUGGCCGGUUUGGAUCCGAAACACGCGCUACAUCCAGGUUAUGCUCUUGGCAUUUCCAUAGCCAGGAUUCGGUAUCAGCGUUCUUGUCCGCUGACGGAAGUGUCUUGCCAUUGGACAGGGACAUACUUUUACGGGUAGCAGACAUAGCCAAGGGACAGUAUCGAGCCCUUAUAGAAUUGCCCGCCGGGUUGAGUUGCAUGCCGCAGGGUUGUGAAGCAUUUGCCAUGAUCAAUGUGCAUGCUGCAUCUACAAACAUGUACUGUUACUCAUUUUCCAGUGACGGCAAAGGGGAGAACUACUUGAAUCACACUUUUGCGGAUGACACUGGGAAACCCGUCCUUACAGUGAACAAGUUUUUCACAUCACUGAACAGAUUAGACCCCGGCCCAUUCUUUCGUCUCUCCUCCUGGGGGGGCGUGAUCGACCUUGGCGCUGAUUACAACUCUAAUAUCGUGAAGACGGAGGAUGUGAUGAAUUACUUGAAUCAAUGGAAGAGGUUCUUACUUCUGAUCCUUGACAACUGAAUGUUAACUAUAUCUUGUCAUCAUUGUCAUGUUUAAUCAUUGGGAACUAUACG